AUGGAUGAAAUUCAUGAAAAUCAAUUGAGCGAAGUUCUGCCGUAUCAGUUUGAACCAAAACCAGAUCAAAAUUCGAACUGUAGCGAAUAUUUUACUGACUCCGAAAGCCAAUCUUCCUCCAAUGAAGACAUUGGAAUGAAAGCCUUUGAAGCUGCAAACGCUUGGCGCUUGGACUCGUUAAAAUGGUGCCACUGUGGCAAUUGUGCUGUACAUAACAAGGUGAUUGAAAAUUUCUGUUGUAAGGAGAAGUCAUUAGAAUACGACGAAUAUGAUUCGCUGUUGUCACAAGCCGAAGAGGCAGGACAUCAGUGUCUCACAUGCCUGCCGGAGUUUGCUGAAAAUAUGCUAUCACAAACAGUUUUGAAGAUUGACGUAUGUAGAUACCUAGAAGAAAAUUGGCCGCUUGGUGAUGAAGAUAUUGAAAGAACUCAUAAACUUUACCACCUCGUAGCAUAUCAAAGAUGUUCCCGUUGGAUAUUCCAAAUUUUGGGAAAGAAGAGACGAAGACCGUUUUCGUCUUGUAUAUACGCCAAAAUACGACAACAAUUUGCCUCACCGGAUGGUCUGUAUUACACAUUUUAA